AUGUCCUAUCUGAUUCAAAAUCUGAAGGUUGUAAAUGAGUCGAAGGCUGGAGUUCCUAUCCUCACAGGCAUCGGCUACUUUGACCAUAUGCUGGAUCAAUGCAAUUCGCACGCACAGGUGGGAGUUGGAUUGGAGGUCGUGUUCGGAGAUAAGACAGAUAGUACUGACAAAAACCGGUUGUCCAGUACUAAUCAGGCAGUUUUGUGCACAGCAGUCGGAGAGGAGCUAGGAAAGACACUGAGAGAGCAACUGAGCUAUGGGAAGGAAGAAUCCCGGUUUUGCUGUCCUCUGGAUGAAGCCUUGGUCGAGUGUGUCAUCAGCAACGGCGAUGGUAAUCUCCUAGAGUAUACGCUUCCUCCAUAUGGAAUUUAUCCCAACGGAAAAGGUCGGUCCAAGAUUGGAAGUCUGGAAACUACCGCCAUCGAAUCGUUUUGGAAAGCUCUUGCGGGCUCAUCCAAGUUGGACAUCCGAUUCCGAAAAAUUCGUGGUGACAACGGUCAUCAUAUAGUGGAAUCUUCGUUCAAAGCUUUUUCUCGGGCGCUUCGCAACUUUUUGGACAAGCCAGCCAUCUGGGGACCUGGGAGUGACAACGAUAAAGCAAGUGUUGCUCUUCAACGUGAGGGCAAGAUAGAACGGUCCACGAAAGAGACAUCUAUCUCUGUCCAUCUAUUGCUGAGUGGCAAGAGUGGUGACACUCAGAUCGAAACAGGAAUUCCAGUGUUGGAUGAGUUCUAUACCAUUUUGGCGAAAGAAGCUAACAUGACACUAAAAGUUAAAUGUAGGGGAGAUCUCUGGGUUGAUGAUCAUCAUACAGCUGAAGAUGUAAGCAUUGCAAUUGGGCAGUGUCUGACUCAAGCUCUCGGCUCCAAAGCAGGACUGAACCGAAUGUGGUUGUCGGAAGCCCAAAAUGAAACAGCAAAAGUGGAGGUGACAAUGGACUUGAGUAAUCGACCCUGCUUUCGACACAACCUUCAUAAAUCCUUAGGGCUCCAAGAAUAUGUGGACACGGACGCUGCAUCGAGCAGUUGCCCCCUAAGUUGUGAGAUGAUGGAACACGUACUCGACAGUUUAGUAAUGAAUGGUCGAAUGACCGUGCACGUUGUUGUCAAGCAACCUGGAGCGACAUUGCAAGACACUGUCAUGUGCGCUGCUAGCGCUUUUGGAAAGGCACUUCGCGUGUGCGCAAUGGUGGAUCAACGAAGAGCUGGGCAAACCGCCAGCAGCAAAGGAACACUAUCAGUAUAG